AUGUCCACCAGCAUACAGAACAGAACAUUCGAGUUUCAGCAAUGCGUGGCUACGUACGACAAAAUCAACAAGAGGCUGAAUCAAGCGAGGUCCUCAGUGACGCCUGCUAAGAAGUCCCAAUUUAGCCAACAAGCAAGUAUAAUAGCCAAAGAUAUUGCUCAUACAACCGAGCUAUUAAGUAAGCUAGCAUUGUUGGCCAAGAGGAAACCACUUUUCGACGAUAAACCUAUCGAGAUAGGCGAGUUGACCUAUGUCAUAAAGCAAGACAUAUUUAAAAUUGAACAGAAUAUUCAGAAUCUCCAGAGGUUUGUUAAGGGAGAUUCAAGUGUUAAGAUAGAUUCUCAAAUCAACCAGUACUCUAAAAAUGUGUUAAACUUGUUGAACUUCAAGAUGAAAAACAUCAGUGGGGAAUUUAAGAACGUAUUGGAAAUCAGACAAAAGAAUGAAAUCUUGAACAAGAACAGAACUGAAAACUUCUUAUCGGUAACCAGUGUUAACAGGAACAGUAACAGCCAGUCACCACUCAUGAGCGAUGGGGGUAGAUCUCCCAAUUUGAACUUGGGGGAAAACCCAUACCUGACAGGUCAACAGGCCUCAUUUAACCCCGACAUGGAUCCCGAAGCAUCGGCUCCCUACUCUAACUACAAUAACGGGGAAUUUCUCUCGAUCCCCGACCAAACUAGACAAUUGCUUAUGAUGGAAGACCAGAGCCAGCUGUAUGUACAAGAAAGAAGCAAUGCGGUGGAGACUAUUGAAUCCACCAUUAAUGAAGUUGGAAAUUUGUUCCAACAAUUGGCCACCAUGGUUAGUGAACAGGGAGAAACCAUCCAAAGAAUCGACCAGAAUGUGGAAGACAUUGACAUGAACAUCUCUGGUGCCCAAAGAGAAUUGCUCAGAUACUUCAAUCGUAUAUCGAGCAACCGGUGGCUUUUCCUAAAGAUAUUCGGUGUCUUAAUCAUGUUUUUCAUGCUUUGGGCUGUGGUUAGUUAA